CUGGAUGUACUGCACAUUAACUGAUCCGGUCGGCAAUUCGCGGCACAAUUCCUUCUCUCCGUUCACUUCUCUGUACGAUAAUUCCUUCCACUGUUUUUCGUUUUUCUGCUCUUACAGCAAAAUGCCUUUAAAGUUUGAGCUGUGUCCCGGCAGAAUGAUCGGAGGCAACCAUCCGUGCUUCAUCAUAGCUGAGAUUGGACAAAACCACCAGGGAGACAUUGAGAUUGCGAAGAAAAUGAUCAAAAUGGCAAAGGACUGUGGUGCUGAUUGUGCCAAAUUCCAGAAGAGUGAAUUAGAGCACAAAUUUAACAAGCGAGCCUUGGAGCGCCCGUACACUUCUGAACACUCCUGGGGGAAAACUUAUGGUGAACACAAGCGCCAUCUGGAGUUCAGCCAUGAACAGUACAGGGAGCUGAAGAAAUAUGCCAAAGAGGUGGGGAUCUUCUUCACUGCCUCGGGGAUGGAUGAGAUGGCAGUGGAGUUCCUCCAUGAGCUAGAUGUGCCUUUUUUCAAAGUGGGUUCUGGAGACACCAACAACUUUCCCUAUCUGGAGAAGACUGCCAAAAAAGGACGGCCCAUGGUGGUGUCCAGUGGGAUGCAGUCCAUGGAGACGAUGCGUCGAGUCUACAAAACAGUGAAGGAACACAACCAGAACUUUGUGAUCCUGCAGUGCACCAGUGCCUACCCUCUGGAGCCCGAAGAUGUCAACCUCAGAGUGAUCACGGAAUACCAGAAGGAAUUUCCAGAUAUUCCCAUCGGGUAUUCGGGUCACGAGACUGGGAUCAGUAUUUCAGUUGCAGCUGUGACUCUGGGGGCAAAAGUUAUCGAGCGUCAUAUAACCUUAGACAAGACGUGGAAAGGAAGCGACCACUCCGCCUCACUGGAGCCCUCUGAACUAGCCGAGCUGGUUCGCUCUGUCCGACUGGUGGAGAGGGCGCUGGGGAGUGGCAUGAAGCAGAUGUUACCCUGUGAGAAGCCAUGCCAUGAUAAGCUGGGUAAGUCAGUGGUGGCCAAGGUCAGGAUCCCCAGAGGAAGUGUCCUGACACUGGACAUGUUGACGGUGAAGGUGGCCGAGCCCAUGGGCGUUGUGGCCGAGGAAAUCUUCCAGCUGGUUGGCAAGACGGUGACGGAGGAUGUGGAGGAGGAUGAGAGCAUCACACCAGAGGUGGUGGACAACUACGGCAAGAAGGCAAAAUGCUGAGGAUGACACAGAGUUUUGAAAUGGGUUAAAAAAAAAAGGCACUUAAUUUCAGUUUAAUUAUCAUGUGAAGAUAAUUCAGAAAGAGUUUAAUAUGACACGAGUCUCAUGGUAAUUUUGGCUGCCGCUGCUGAGAUUUCUGACAUUAAAGUCAUGGCCGAUCAGUAACUUGUUGCAUAAUUGGACAGUGCAUUUGUCUGAAUAUAUCACAGCUGUUCAGAUAACGCCUCAAAAAAUGAUUUGUUUCCCCUGCCUUAACAUAGCACUAUAACCUUUCAGAAAACAGGCUUUUUGAUGAACCCACUGUUAUCUUACAAGAGGCUCAGUAGUAGUUUCAUCUCUGUGGUCAGGUGUUACUGAUAACUAAACAAACUUUGCAUUGUACUAACUAAGUGAAUACUGAGCACAUGAAGCUGCUAUGAGUCAUCUCACGACUGUGAGAUUCUGUUUGCCAAACAGUCAGCGGACUCUUCUUGCACCGUUUGUGCCAGGAUGUCUCCAGUAAUUUAUACGUAUGGUAUCAGGCAGGGUUUGCAUUCGUUCAGCUUCUUUCAGACAAGCAAAAUAAGACCACUGCAGGCAGAUGCAUAAAACUGGAAGAAAUGAGCAUGCACUGUUUGCCCCGAAUUAUAAAGCCCCAUGUGUGUGUUCUGUUUUGUUUUACAGGGAGGCCUGUUGAACACUCUCUUAAUUAAUUCAUUGUUUUGUCAUAAAUCAGACAACUUCUGUCUUUAUUCUGGCACCAUUUUAUCCUGUCCUGUCCUUUGUGCUUUCAGGAUGAAGGAUAUUGGCACACGUUUACAAAUGUUAAUGUAUGGAAAUCUGUUGAGAUUGUUGAAAUCUAAGAUGUUCUGAAUAGAAGAAGCCUUGAAAUAAAUCCUCGCCCAAAUUC